AUGUCUGGAUCGCGUACCAAAAGCGGCUGCUAUACCUGUCGAAUUCGAAAGAAGAAAUGUGAUGAAGAGAAACCAUGCUGUUUGAACUGUCGGUCAAGAGAGAUUCAUUGCGAUGGUUACGGCGAGAAGCCACAGUGGAUGCAUGGAAUGGGAAGCUGGAAAGAGAUUAUGGAUUCCAAGAACGCUAAAUUAAUUCGCGAAAGUGCGGAAGCGACGUAUAAAUCGAGACGGCGUGGCCGAAAUAUGAAAAUAAAGAAGGCGAUGUUGGUCAUGGAGUCUUCUAACAGCCAAGAGGUCCAAUAUGGCACAGCAUCCGGCUUUGAAUUACCAGAAAAUGAGAAGCAAAUGAAUCCGAAUACUGAAGCGAGUUCGACGAGCGAUCUACCGCAUUACUCAUUUGAACCCUCAAAUCUCUGUACACAAGAUGAUCAUGGGAUAGAAGGUUGUGCACUCGAACUAUGGGACCCCGGUUUCAUGGAUGGAUUGUGGUGGGACAGCAGUUUGGUUUCGACCUACCCAUCUCUCGGCUCAAGUCUUGGACUGUUGAUCACUUUCCUUGACGUUAUUUUCCCUCUUCAAUACGGGUUCUAUGGGGUUUCAGGAACGAGGGACAAGACCUGGUUACUUCGCUUCAUGAACGAGACUAAGCCGCUACAUCAAGCUACGCUAAGCCUGGCUAUCACUUUUGGAACCGGCAAAGGAAAUGCUCGCAGGUGUGGAGUCACGAGUAUCAUCAGCGACGCCACAAGGCUACAGACGAAAGCAAUAAAUGGCUUACGGAGGAAUGUUGAAGAGCUGUCUACCAACGAGUCUGAGAGUGAAUUUCUGAGAAGGAAGGGAAUUCAAACUCUUGCAACCAUGAUCCAACUUUUGAGCCUCGAAAUAUUCUCUCUUGUGGAGGGUCAGUGGGAGAUGCACCUCCAGGCAGCUCGCACUGUGUUUGGUAUUUUCCAUAAACAGUGGAUUACUCUUCUAAUCAACGACCCAAAAAGCUGUUUGACCACCGAAUAUACAAACGAUCUGGAAUUAGAGGUCUUUCCAAGAGAUGACCGCCAGAUGCUCAAUUUCUUCGUCACUUCUUUUGUAUGGAUAGACAUCAUCGCCAACGCGACUUUUGGCACCCCGAAUCAGAAGCCGCGACAAGUCAAUUACAUUCCACUUCUGCAGAAUAAUCAGCUCAAGCUCCAUGAAAUGAUGGGUUGUCAAACCUGGGUUAUGCUGGCAAUUGCCGAAAUCACCGCGCUCAAAUCGUGGAAAGAAUCCCAAAUGACGGCUGGCACGUUGAGUGUUGUGCAGUUGGUUGAGCAUGCGGCAAAAUUUGACAAGAAAAUUAAAAUCGGAAUCGACGAUAUCAAAAGAAAGCCCAGUCAAAAGCGGGAGAGCUUGGAAGCAGAUAGUGAACUGGUCACUCUGUGCUUCGCUUACAGUGCUCUGGUAUACCUCCACACCAUAGUAUCGGGAACAUCGCCACUUGCACCUGAAAUCCAAGAAAACACUAAGCGCUGUCUAGAACUGUUGGGAAGCAUGCCAACGCGGCUUCUCAUUCGUGUUUGUUUGCCAUUCACUAUUGCGGGCUGCAUGGCAACCGAAGAUCAGCCCAUUUUUGGAGAAUGUCACAAUGAUCAAGUUCAAUCAAAUGAUCCAGAUCCGUGCCUCUUCCCACACGCUUGUUAUGAUGAUUUUUGCUGCCCGGGACCAGCAAGAUUUGAAAACGAGCUGCCUGAGAGAGGACCAGAUACUGGGUCGGAUGAGCGUCUCGACCAUUGGGGAGGGGAGUCUCAGGUUCCCUGGAUGGAACCUGGAGAGGAGGAAGAAAUGUUCAGCUGGGCUGAGCUGCCAAGUAUCUCCGGACUGAAAGUGCCAGAAGAUGAUUUCCUCCAAAUUUCAUCGGAUUCGCCGGAAAGCAAUGCGUAUACCAUGUCGAGCUCACACGCCUGCGUACCAAGUCAAACCCCGUCAGAUGAGCCUUCGCAGCAAUUGAAAGAGCGCCCUGCUAUUACGAAUGGACAAAACUCGGUGUCUCUUCAGAACUUCUGGACUUGUGAUGCUGCCGGCUGUCUUCGCUCAUUUCCACAACGGUAUAUGCUUAAGUAA